CUUUUUCCUGAGGGAAUAAGAGUUUCCCCGACGGACAGACCGACAGACACUCGAAUUAGGAGACCCUGUCUUCAAGUGCCCACAGACUGCAUCAUGCCCGAGCCUAAGAAAACAGGAAGGAAAUCAAAAUCUGGAGCUUCUGCAGCAGAGAAGCUUCCGGUCUAUGAGCCGAAUAUUCCUGAGCCCACCACCCGAGCGGAUCUUCUGAAAUACUGGCUUCCUCUCUGCCUGGAUGACAGGACAGCUCAGAAGAUGCUGUGGAUUUCAGAAGGGGGCAGCAAGGUGACGCGUAAGGAAGACGAGUCCGUGUGCCCGUACCCCAACAGGCCCGAGCGUUUCGACCACUCGCCACAGGUGCUGUGCAAGGAGGGCCUCUGGGGCAUCCGGGGCUACUGGGAAGUGGAGUUUUCGGGCUGGGUGGUGAUCGGGGCCAUGUACGAGGGUGUGGGGCGCAAGGCCCAGGAUGGGCCGUGCGGCCUGGGGGAGAACGAGGGCUCCUGGGGGGUGGGCUGGGCGGGGACCUGCUACCAGGCCUGGCACAACAGCGAGAACGUGGACGUGGAGGCGCCGCUCACCCCCGUCAUCGGGGUGUACCUGGACCAGCCCGCCGGCGUCCUCAGCUUCUUCGCCGUGACGGGGGAGGAGGAGGCGCAGAAGGAGGCCAAGCUGCUCCACAGGUACAAGGCCUCCUUCAAGGAGCGCCUCCUCCCGGGCUUCUGGGUGGGGACCAACUCCCACUGCUGGAUCCGGAAGAAAGCAGAGUGAGCGAGGGAGAGGGAGGGGGAGGAGAGAAAGAGUGAGAGAAGGAAGGAAGGAAGGAAGGAAGGGGGGAAAGAUGUGUUUAAGUUGCGGAGGGAGGGUAGUGAGGCGGAGUCCUGAUUGGCUGGGGGAAAGGGUAGAAAAUGAAAAAUAAAAAACGUUUUAAAAAAUGUAAAAUAUAUGGGGGACGGGGAUAGUAUGGAGAGUAUGCAGAUAUUUAUGGAAUGACAGAAGGGUGUUUCUUUCCCCUGUUUUAAUAACUGCAUUCUUCUAAUUCCUC